GGCGGUGCGGCCUAUAAAAGGGGCCGCCGGGCGGCUGCCGGCACCUCAUUCAUUGCCACCGGGUUCGGGUUGGGCAGAUCCGGCUCUCGUCAUCGCCGUCCAUCCGCCGCCGCCGACGCCCCCGCAGGGAAGGCUUCGUCUCUCCGUCGUCGAAGCCGCAAGCCGCGACUCGUCGCGCCCGUUUCUCUUCGCUGCGUUCUCCGCUAACCGCAACCAUUGACGCCAUGUCGGGAUACUCGAGUGACCGGGAUCGCGGUCGGGAUCGAGGGUUCGGUGCACCUCGAUUUGGAGGAAGUAGAGCAGGACCUUUAUCUGGAAAAAAAUUUGGAAAUCCUGGGGAGAAACUAGUUAAAAAGAAGUGGAAUCUGGAUGAACUGCCCAAAUUUGAGAAGAAUUUUUACCAAGAACACCCUGAUUUGGCCAGGCGCACAGCUCAAGAAGUGGAGACCUACAGAAGAAGCAAGGAGGUCACAGUUAGAGGUCACAAUUGUCCAAAGCCAGUUCUCAAUUUCUACGAAGCGAACUUUCCCGCAAACGUCAUGGACGUGAUUGCAAGGCAGAACUUUACUGAACCCACUGCCAUUCAAGCUCAGGGAUGGCCAGUUGCCCUAAGUGGAUUAGAUAUGGUUGGAGUAGCUCAGACCGGAUCUGGGAAAACGUUAUCUUAUUUGCUGCCUGCCAUCGUCCACAUCAAUCAUCAGCCGUUCCUAGAGAGAGGCGACGGGCCUAUUUGCUUGGUGCUGGCACCGACUCGGGAACUGGCGCAGCAGGUGCAGCAGGUGGCUGCUGAAUAUUGUAGAGCCUGCCGCUUGAAGUCCACUUGCAUCUAUGGUGGUGCCCCCAAAGGACCACAGAUCCGUGACUUGGAGAGAGGUGUGGAGAUCUGUAUUGCAACACCUGGGAGACUGAUUGACUUUUUGGAGUGUGGGAAAACCAAUUUAAGAAGAACCACGUACCUUGUCCUUGAUGAAGCAGAUAGAAUGCUUGAUAUGGGUUUUGAACCCCAGAUAAGGAAAAUUGUGGAUCAAAUCAGACCUGAUAGGCAGACCCUAAUGUGGAGUGCAACAUGGCCAAAAGAAGUUAGACAGCUGGCUGAAGAUUUUCUGAAAGACUACAUUCAUAUAAACAUCGGUGCACUGGAACUGAGUGCAAACCACAACAUUCUGCAGAUUGUGGAUGUAUGUCAUGAUGUAGAAAAGGAUGAAAAACUUAUUCGUCUAAUGGAGGAGAUCAUGAGUGAGAAGGAGAAUAAAACCAUUGUUUUUGUGGAAACCAAAAGACGGUGUGAUGAGCUUACCAGGAAAAUGAGGAGAGAUGGGUGGCCUGCCAUGGGUAUUCAUGGUGACAAGAGUCAACAGGAACGUGACUGGGUUCUAAAUGAAUUCAAACAUGGAAAAGCUCCUAUUCUGAUUGCUACAGAUGUGGCCUCCAGAGGGCUAGAUGUGGAAGAUGUGAAAUUUGUCAUCAAUUAUGACUACCCUAACUCCUCAGAGGAUUAUAUUCAUCGAAUUGGAAGAACUGCUCGCAGUACCAAAACAGGCACAGCAUACACUUUCUUUACACCCAAUAACAUAAAGCAAGUGAGCGACCUUAUCUCUGUGCUUCGGGAGGCUAAUCAAGCCAUUAACCCCAAGUUGCUUCAGCUGGUCGAAGACAGAGGUGCAGGUCGUUCCAGGGGUAGAGGAGGCAUGAAGGAUGACCGCCGGGACAGAUACUCUGCGGGCAAGAGGGGUGGAUUUAAUACCUUUAGAGACAGGGAGAAUUAUGACAGAGGUUACUCUAGUCUGCUUAAGAGAGAUUUUGGGGCAAAAACUCAAAACGGUGUUUACAGUGCUGCUAGUUACGCCAAUGGUAGCUUUGGAAGUAAUUUUGUGUCUGCUGGCAUACAGACCAGCUUUAGGACUGGUAACCCAACAGGGACUUACCAGAAUGGAUAUGAUAGCACUCAGCAAUACGGAAGUAAUGUCGCCAGUAUGCACAAUGGCAUAAACCAACAGGCAUAUGCAUACCCUGCUACCGCAGCUGCUGCACCUAUGAUUGGCUAUCCAAUGCCAACAGGAUAUUCGCAAUAAGACUUUAGAAGUAUAUGUAAAUGUCUUUUUCAUAAUUGCUCUUUAUAUUGUGUGUUAUCAGACAAGAUAGUUAUUUAAGAAACCUGGGAAAUGCAGAAAUGACUGCAGUGCAGCAGUGACUAUGGUGCACUUUUUCGCUAUUUAAGUUGGAUAUUUCUCUACAUUCCUGAAACAAUUUUUAGGUUUUUUUUGUACUAGAAAAUGCAGGCAGUGUUUUCACAAAAGUAAACUGUACAGUGAUUUGAAAUACGAUAAAUGAAGGCAAUGCAUGGCCUUCCAAUAAAAAAAAUAUUUGAAGACUGAA